UCUUUAAAUGCUUCGUUUUAUUUCCAUUGCAAAUAAACAUCAGUUCAGACAAGUGCGCUCAAUAGCCUCGAAAGCCAUUGAAAGACCUCAUUCGCAUGCUUUUUAUGAUGACAAGAUCACCACUUUUGCAAGUAAAGCGGUGAAACCAGUGACGUUGAAACAACUAGUAAGGUUCGGACAACCCCCCUUGUCUACGGAAGGACUGCAAGCGUGUACGAACUAUGCACGUACCGAAUUACCCGUGCGUUUAGCUAGACGCGUAAGAGCCUUUCAAAGUUUACCUUUUAUCGUUGGUACCAAUCCUUACAUCAAAGAAAUUUAUAGUCUGUACUAUGAUUCAUUUGAAUCCCUUGUAAAAUAUGCCGGUCCAGAUACUCCCGGCGAUGAUUUAGAAUUCACCGAAAAACUGAAGGAUUUUGUGGAGCGUCAUAGUGAUAAUAUCCCUACACUCGCUCGAGGUUUUUUGGAAUGUAAACAGUACAUGAAUUCACAAGAUAUGGCAAGAUUUUUAGACGACAUGAUUCAGGCACGAAUAGGUAUUCGUCUGAUUGCAGAACAAGCAAUUGCCCUGAUGCAUCAAAAGGAUAAAAAGACGGGCGGAUAUAUUGGUAUCAUUGACACCCAAAUUGAGCCCAACCAAUUAAUUAAACAAUGUGCGGAUUUCGUGGGCGAAUUAUGUGAAUUUAAUUACGGCGAGAGUCCUCAAGUGAUUAUUGACGGUCAUAUCGAUACAAAAUUCACCUAUGUGCCUGUGCAUUUGGAAUAUAUUUUGACCGAACUCUUAAAGAAUUCGUAUCGUGCAACUGUGGAACAUCACAAGAAAAUGGGAAGAACAACCGCUUUGCCUCCCAUCCAAAUCACCAUUAGUCAGGGUCAGGAAGAUAUCUCCAUUCGCAUUCGAGAUCAAGGAAACGGUAUUAGUGAUGAGGAUCUUCAUAAAGUGUUUGAAUAUUCCUAUACAACCGUCUCCAAAGCUGCUGAAGAUGCUGAGAAUGAUCCUUCAAAUAUUUUUAGAGAUAUUACAGAAAUGGCCAUGCAAAGUGGUGUAGGUGGUCCUCUAGCAGGAUUAGGAUUUGGCUUACCGUUAGCAAGAAUGUAUGCACGUUAUUUCGGUGGAUCCCUUACCUUGGUUUCCAUGUGGGGUUUCGGAUGUGAUGUAUUCCUCAAAUUGAAACAUAUUGAUGAUUCUAUGGCUGAAGGUCUCGAGAUUUAAAAUAAUUUACAUACAACAACAAUAAAAAAAAAUAGCAUACAUAAA